CUGGGGAAACCAGAAAAAAAAAAACAAAAAAGUAAAUCAAACUCUCAGAUUUGCGGAAAAAGCUUAGAAAGGAAAAAAAAAGAAAUGGCGGAUCAGCUGACCGAUGACCAGAUCUCAGAGUUCAAGGAAGCCUUUAGCCUCUUCGAUAAGGAUGGAGAUGGUUGCAUCACCACGAAGGAGCUCGGAACCGUGAUGAGGUCUCUGGGGCAAAACCCAACCGAAGCUGAGCUCCAAGACAUGAUCAACGAGGUGGACGCAGACGGGAAUGGGACCAUCGAUUUCCCCGAGUUCCUUAACCUGAUGGCGAGGAAGAUGAAGGACACUGACUCGGAGGAAGAGCUCAAGGAAGCCUUCAGGGUUUUCGACAAAGACCAGAACGGUUUCAUCUCCGCGGCGGAGCUUCGACAUGUGAUGACGAACCUCGGGGAGAAACUCACCGACGAGGAGGUUGAUGAGAUGAUCAGAGAGGCUGAUGUUGAUGGCGAUGGGCAGAUCAACUAUGAUGAGUUCGUUAAAGUCAUGAUGGCUAAGUGAUGGAGAGAGAGAGAGUGAAUCUUUCUUUCUCGUUAUGAGUUGUUCCUGUUUGCUGUCAUCUAGAACAUGUUUUCUUCCCCUUUGAUUUGUUUUUGCUUUGGUGAUUGUUAUGUGAAGUGUGAACUCAUCAUGUCUUGCUCAUCUUUUGACAAUUGAUAUUCUCUCCUUUUUUUAA